AUGGAUGGGCCGUUUUUAGCAUCGGACGAGUCUCAGGGCGCAUUCCUAGCUUCGGUCGACCCCCAGCAGUCCGAGGCUACCCAAGCAUCUGCUCCUGUGUUGGCCGCCUUCUCAGCAACAACCCGUUCUCUGCCACUAACCUGCCAUCGGCCAAUCCGCCUCAGAAUGUGUUCCCUCCCUAGCCUGUCGCCCCCUCACUUUCCUGUGCUCCCCCACCUCCUGUGUUUCCCCCUCGCCUUGCUGUGUGCGCCUCCUCGCCUUGCUCCGUGCGCCUCCUCGCCUUGCUCCGUGCGCCUCCUCGCCUUGCGCCGUGCGCCUUCUUGCCUUGCGCCGUGCGCCCCUCGGGCAGGUCACUGUCGACGCAGCUCUUCCAGGCGCCCCUGGCUGCCUUCUCCUCCAACCUCCUUGCGCUCACCUUUCUCAAUGAGCUGGCCCAUUAUGCCUUUCUCUUCCACCGCCCCUCACACGUCUCCUUAUCGUCCCGUGCUGCCUCGUGCCCACCCUUCACUGCCCUGCCGCUUCCCUCCCCACAGCUACCUGCCGUACAACUGGCUGUAUGGCUCUGUGCCAACUGCGCUCUUCAACCUGCAAUUGCUUUCUGUGAUUGACCUGAGCUACAACUACCUCACGGGCAGCUUCCCAGCGUCCACCACUCUGUCCAGUCUGGACAUCCGCAGCAACUUCUUCUACGCCGUCGGCACCAUGACCCUGCAGUCCUGCGCCGCCAUCUCCAACUGCCUCGCCUCUCCCGCCGCCUGCAGCUCCGCCGGCACCACGCAGCGCCCCACAGCCGACUGCGCCAUCUGCGGCUCCACCAACGGCCAGCCGCCCUUCUGUGGCGGCACCGGCACCUGCGCGCCUGACUCUGGCCCCGCAGCCGCACAGGGCACGCCCAAUGUGGCGGGCUCGGCCCUGCUGCCCAUGGUGUGCAGUGGCGUCGCCAUCGACGCUGCUGAUGCUGCGGUGCUGCUGGCGCUCAAGUCGUCGCUUGGCGUGACGCUGAACAACUGGAACACGGCAGCGCCGUGCACACUGGAGGGGCAGGCGCUGCUGCCCGCACAGUGGGGUGGUGUGCGCUGCACUGCUGCAGGCAAAGUCACGAGCAUUGCGCUCAAACGGCAGCAACUGAAGGGCUCCAUUCAUCCCGACAUCUCCAAGCUCACCACGCUCACUUACCUAGACUUCGGAUACAACCUCUUCCAGGGUCGUCUCGACUUCUUUGCCGUCCCACUCAAGCCCCUCACCUCCCUCAAGGCGCUCUUCUUCCAUUACAACUAUUUCGCCGGCUCCAUUCCUUCUGCCAUCGCCACGCUGCCUCAACUCACCUCACUCGGCCUCUACUCCAACUACCUCACGGGCACCGUGCCCAUCCCCUCCAAGGCCCUGCUCGCUCUGGACGUGGGCUUUAACUUCCUCUCGGGGGUCUUCCCAAAUGUGGCGUUCAUGUUCUGUGCGGGCGAGAACAACUGCUUUGUCAACUCCACCAACUGCCGCACCUACGGCAGCGUGCAGCGCCCUGCCGGUGCCUGCGCCAUCUGCGGCACGGCGGGUGGGCAGGGCGACCUCUGCUUCGGCGGCACCUGCGCUCCCGUCGCCUCUGCUGCCAUCGCCGCUGGCACUAUCAACUCGCCCAGUCAGCCCAUCCUGCCCAUGUCAUGUGCAGGUCAGUGUGUGUGUGGCGCACAUGGCUGGGCGUGUGCUCUGCUGCAAUACAUGGCAGUCUGUUCGCUCUCCUUCGACAUUCUUCCUUUUCGCAUCGCUCCUCCGCCUGCUCCCACCACUUUGACCCUCCUCAUGCCUCCUGCCAUGCUCACCCUCUCCCACUCUCUCCUACUUCCUAACUCUCCCCUUGCAGACAAUCCGGCUGCACCAAUGGAUACGGGCUCAGGUGCGCUCACAAGCCUUGCCGCCAUGCACGCAUGCACAUAUGAACCUCCAUGCUCUGCAACUCUCCAUCCUUCACUCCUGUGCACGUAUACCCUCUUUCCACUUUCCAUCGCCCUCACUCCCACUGCCAUGCCUCUAACAUCCCGUCCUCCCCUCCCUCUAAACCCAUCGCUCACAGCGGUGGCGCUGCUGAACGUGAAGUCAGCGUUGGGAGUGACGUUCUCGACCUGGGCGGCUGCUUCCCCCUGCACCAUCGCCAACUCUACUGUAACCGUUGCUGGCACCUGGACCGGCGUGCUCUGCUCCGCUUCUGGCGACGUCCUCAGCGUCGACCUGUCCAAGAACGUGCUGCGCGCCAACCUGGCCAGCUUCGUCUCUUCCUUCUCCGGCCUCCAGGCGCUCCAGCAGCUGUCAGUGCCGCCGCCCUCACCCACUCCGCCCCACACCUCCGCCGGAUUCGUCAUGUGCCCCCACUCGUGUUGUUCUCACUCAUGCUCUGCCCUUACUCGGGCUGAUCCAGCAUGUGUGAGCCUGUCUGCACACAGCCUCGCACUGCAUGCCACUUUGCUCCUUCAGUACGUGCAGUACAGCACAUCUUCACUUGCACCUGCUUCCCCUUCCUCCUCUCCCCACAGGCGCCUCAACAACAACUGGUUUUCGGGCUCCCUGCCUCAGGCCCUCAUGUCUCUUCCCGCCCUCACUCUGCUGGACGUGCAUGCAAACGCGCUGACAGGGUCGCUGCCCGCCGUGUCAUCCACGCUGGCAGCGCUCUUCCUGCACGACAACUUCCUCGCGGGCAGCUUCGCAGCGGGCGCCCUCACCGCGUGCGACGCCAGCCUCAACUGCCUGACCAGCGCCGCUGCGUGUGGCGCCAGCAGCACCACGCAGAGGGCUGCUGCUGCGUGUGCCAUCUGCAACAGCGCAGAUGCUCAAGGGCUGCUGUGCUGGGGUGGCAUGUGCCUGCCCAACGUCACUGCCACCACCGCCCACCCUGACGGACUCGCCCCGCCGCCCAUGUACUGCGCUGGUUCUCCUGUGGUCAACAUCAGCAGCGUUGACGCUGUUGCGCUGGCGGCGCUGAAGAGUGCGAUGGGGGUGACCUUCACCACGUGGGCGCCCGCCACCUACUGCACCGUGGAGCCCACACCGCAGAUCGUCGGCACGUGGGAUGGCGUGCUCUGCAACUCCCUCGGCAAAGUCGUCUCCCUUGCCAUUGCCCUCUGCUCACUCUUUUUGUUUUCUGCAUGCUGCAUGUCCAUGGUGUGUCUUCUUCCUUGCCUUGGACUCAUCGCUCCCAUGCGCCCCCUCUCUUACCUCUCCAACCCCUUGUGUGCGGCGCACCUUCCAUCCGCGUCCACCAGGCUACUCCCCAACAAGAAGCUCACGGGCACUGUGCCGCUCGCCGUCUCCACCCUCACUGCGCUCACUGCCAUCGACCUCACCUCCAACCUCUUGCAGGGCCGCCUGGACGAAGUUGCCACGCAGCUGCGCCUGCUCACCAACCUCAAGUCCAUCGAUCUCGCCUACAACUGGCUCUCCGGCUCAGUGCCUGCGUUCAUGCUCACCCUCCCCAGCCUCACGAAGAUCACCCUAGGCUACAACUAUCUGACGGGUGCGCUGCCGAACGUGACAUCCCCGCUCUCAGUGGUGGACGUGCAGUUCAACUUCCUCGCCGGCUCCUUCCCCACGCUCACCCUCACCCUCUGCGCCGCGCGCAUGAACUGCUUCCUCGACGCCACCAAGUGCAAAAACCCCAACCGCGCCGCCGAGCUCCCGCGGGCCACCACAGCGUGUGCCAUCUGCAACACCACCAACGCGCAGGGCCGGCUGUGCAGCGGCGGGCUGUGCACCGUCAACGCCACGGACCUCGUGGCACUCGGUGCGCCCAACAGUGCUGCAUCGCCCACACUGCCGCUCAUCUGCGUGGGAGCGGCGUUUGUGGCGAUGGACUCGGUGCAUGCAGCAGCCAUGCUGAACCUCAAGGCGUCGCUGGGAGUGACCUUCACUGAAUGGAAGGCCGACUCGCCCUGCUCCCUGCGCGAUGCCGUCGCCCCGGGGUCAUGGAGUGGGGUAGCCUGCGACGCCACUGGCAAAGUGCUCAGCAUUGACCUGCAGUCCAACCUGCUGCAGGGGCGGCUGGACUCCUUCACUGCCAGCAUCAAGACGCCCCUCGUGCUCAAGGAGCUCGCUCUGCAGUUCAACUACCUUGUUGGUCCGUUCCCCUCCACGCUGCUCGCCCUCUCCACUCUCUCCAAGCUCUCCGUGGGCUACAACUACCUCACGGGCCCCUUUCCCACCGUGCCAGCAUCCGCCAAGUCGCUGGACGUGCAGGGCAACUUCCUGUCGGGUUCCUUCCCCACCAACGCGCUCACCUACUGCGCCGCCACCACCAACUGCCUCACCGACGCCAACAACUGCGCGUCUAUUGGCAUCACACAGCGCAACCCCUCGGAAUGUGCCAUCUGUGGCACCAGCUUUGGCCAGGGCACGCUGUGCGGGGGUGUCACCUGCCUUGUCAACACCACCGGCGUCACGGCGCCUCCCACCGCCACAUCUCUCCCUCGCAACCUCUACUGCACGCCGGUUGCACUGGACACCAACACCAGUGAGUGCUGCUUGCUCCUUCUCGCAUGCCCCUCUCCUGCUCCCUUUCCCAAUCUUAUCUUCGCCCUGCACCCCUCCUCUCGCCCUGAACCCACCACCACCCCAUUCCCUCUCCUCCCACGUGCAGCCACGACGCUGCUGGCGCUGAAGACGGUGCUGGGAGUGACGGCCACGGACUGGAGUGCAACGACGGUGGCACUGAAGCCCAAGGCGCUGAAGAGCAGCAGCGUGCCCCUCGCCACCAUGGUGGGCGCCUGCACCAUCGAGGGGCAGACCCCUGCUCCCGGCUCGUGGACCGGCGUCUUCUGCAACUCCGCUGGCGCCAUCGUCGCCCUGGUGAUGCCCAACCAGAAGCUCACUGGAAGCCUGUCGGCGGACAUCAGCAAGCUCACAGCUCUCACCGCGCUGGAUCUGAGCGCCAAUCUCUUCCAGCGGGGCCUUGAUGCGUUCGUGGCGCCUCUCACCGCUGUCAAGACACUCAAGUCGCUCCCUCUCCAGCAUGUGAGUGCCUCUCGCCACCUGCUCUCUGCGUGCCCCCUCCUGGUGGACCCCUUCUUCGCCCACAUAUUUUCUUCUCCCACCUUUCCUCUCCCAGCACCCAUCACCCACCAGUCAUCAUUGCUUAAAUAUUGCCAUUUCUCGUCCCCCCAUCCUCCCUGCACCCCCUCUCCCCUCCCCAUGGCUGCGCGCAGCAAGCUGAACCGCAACUACCUGACGGGGGUGGUGCCAGCCGUGGGGGCAGCGGUGAAGGCGCUCAACGUGGCGGGCAACUUCCUCUCGGGCUCCUUCCCCACCACCGGCCUCACGGCGUGCGAUGCGCGCUCCAACUGCUUCGCAGACGCCUCCAAGUGCACCAACACGCUCGGCACCGCACAGAGGGCCGCUACAGAAUGCAACAUCUGUGGCACCACGGGGGCUGUCGGCCCGUUCUGCGGCGGCGGCUUCUGCAUCCCCAACGCCGCCGCGCCCGCCGCUGCCGCCACGCCCAACAUGGAGGGGCAAGCGGUGCUGGCGAUGUCGUGCAUGGGUGGCCCCAUCGAGGUCACCAUGCGCGGCGCCAUGCUCAACCUCAAGGCGUCGCUGGGGGUGACUCUGACGGACUGGGUGGGCACGGCUCCGUGCAACAUCGCGGGGCAGGCCCCCGUGGCGGGGUCGUGGUCCGGCGUGGAGUGUGACUCGGCUGCCAAGGUCACCAGCAUUCUUGUUGCCACUCACACGCUCUUCUUCACCACCGCCCCUUUCUUCCUCUCCUCUCCUCCGCGCCCCCCUGCGUGCGUGCAGCGUGCUGGACAGCAACCUGCUGCAGGGCCGCCUGCCCUACUUCACCACCAACUUCAGAAACCUCGUGGCACUCAAGCGCUUGUCAGUCGCUUCUGCUCCCUGCCUGCCCGCUGUCCAUGCCAUGACCCCUGUCGCAUGCUCGCAUGUGACGGUGGUGCGUUUUAUCCCUGCGCUCUCUGCUGUUCUAGAUUUGACAUGAGCUACAACUACCUCACAGGUCCCCUGCCCAGCGCCAUAGGCACGGCGCUCAAGACGCUGGAAAUUGGAGGCAACUUCCUGUCGGGCGCCAUCGGCAACUUCCCCGGCGUGGCGUGCUCGGCUGCGCUCAACUGCCUGACCUCCCAGGGCAGCUGCACCACCGGCGGCGUUCAAAACCGUGCCGGCUGUAACAUCUGCGGCAGCGCUGACGCCCAGGGCACUCUGUGCGGUGGCGGGCUGUGCGUGCCCAACGCCACAGCGGCUGUGGUGGCGGGACAGACCCCCACGCUGUCCACGCCCGUCAUGCCCAUGUACUGCACGGGGGUCAUCAUGAACACCGUCGCAGUCGCGGCGCUGCUCAACAUAAAGACGGCGUUGGGAGUGACCUUAUCGGACUGGACGGCCCCCACGACGCUGCUCAAGCCCAAGGCGGCGGCGGGCAGUGGCAGUGUGGCACUGACGGACUGGCUGACCACGGGUGGCUACUGCACAGUGGAGGGGCAGACGGCCGCUCCUGGUGCCUUUUCCGGCGUGCGCUGCAAUGCCCUCGGCCAGCCUGUCAGCCUGAAUCUGCCGUUCCAGAAGCUGACUGGCUCUCUCCACGCUGACCUCAGCAAGCUCUCUGCACUGACCGUGCUGGAGCUGAGUUACAACUUUCUCAGAGCACCCGUCGAGCCUUGGGCCUCGGCCAUCAAGCUGCUCACCAACCUGCUAUCGCUCAAGCUCAGCAACAACUAUCUCUACGGCUCGGUGCCCCUCUGGCUCGUCUCGUUCGCCAAGCUCACCAACCUCGAGCUGAGCAUGAACGCUCUCACAGGCACGUUCCCGGCACCCAUCUCCACCGCACUCAAACGUCUCAUGGUGGACCAGAACUUCCUGGGAGGCACCUUCCCGGCCAACAGCGCCACCUACUGCACGGCCUACUACAACUGCAUCCCCACCUACACCACCUGCAACUCGCUCAACCCCAACGCGCCCAACCCCAGCGCCAGCUGCCAGAUCUGCGGCAUGACAGACGGCCUGGGCACGGCGUGCAUGGGCAACCCGUGUGUGCCUGCGACGCCAUCGCCCAUCACAGCCAUCAACAAGUGGAGCCCCGCCCCCGCCAUGCGCUGCGACCCUGUACCCAUCCAGGCCACCCAAGCAUCUGCGCUGGUGGCCAUGACGCCGGGGCAGUGGGGGGCGCAGACCACGUGCACGUUGGCAGGGCAGCCCACCGCCGCCGGCACCUCCCCCUCCGUCUACUGCAACCCUGCCGGGCUCGUCCUCGAAAUGUACACCCGCCUGCUCGCCCCGCCACUCUCUGCGGCCCAACCCGCCCCCUUUCGCACCUCCAUUUCAUGCCUUGUUCUCACGGGCGGCAAGGCCUCGGGCUCCUUCCCCAGCCACGUGUCAAAGCUCUCCGCGCUUACCAAGCUGGACCUGUCGGCCAACCUCUUCUCUGGCCGCCUUGACUCCUUCCUCGCGCCCUUCCUCGCCCUCAAGACUCUCAACUCCCUCCGCCUCCACCAGAACUACUUCUCGGGCUCCUUCCCGACCGGCAUCUCCGCCCUCACUGCGCUCACGGAGCUGCGGCUGAACCUGAACUACCUGACAGGCAGCAUGCCGGCAGCGCUGCCAGGGACCCUCAAGGUGAUCGACCUGUCGAGCAACUACCUGGUGGGCACCUUCCCCACCACCACCGCCACCUCCGUCUCCUGCGCCAGCAACUGCCUGCAGGACGCCUCCAAGUGCCCCGCCGGCUCUGCUCAGCGCGCUGCAGGCGCCUGUGCCAUCUGUGAGACGCCCGACGCCACGGGCAGCAUGUGCAACGGCGGCAUCUGCACGCCCACCGCCGCCACCACUGUCAACAAUGGCACCGCCGCGCUCUUCUGCGUUGGCUCCUCCAUGGAUCCUGCCAUGGGUCAGUGUGCUGGGGGGGAGGAUUGUGCAGUGCGGGGAGCAGGCAGUGCGUCAGCGGCGCUGCCGAACGUGAGGGCAUCGCUGGGGGUGACGUUCACAGACUGCUGCCUCUCUGUCCCUCCCCUACCUUUCCUCCCCUCACCCCCUCCCCUUGCUCCCCUCCUUGCUACUCGCAGCGGCGGCGCUGCUGAACGUGAAGGCGUCGAUGGGGCUGGCGUUCACCAACUGGGCGCUGGGCGCGCCCUGCACCAUGCAGGGGGUGCCGCCGCUGCCAGGCGCCUGGCUAUGCAGCAGGCCCCCAAGCUGCAGCAGCCAUGGCUCUUCCCACUACCCCACCUCCUCUUGCUCUCACCCCUCUCCUCGCUCUCCCCGUCGCAUGCCUACUUGCUCUGCCUGCUCCGAUCGACAUGCUGCCCCCCCACCCCACCUGCUGUCCUCCCCACUAGUCACUUUUCCAUCAAUGUGCGCACCAACUACCUGGAGGGUCGUCUGGACGUCUUCACCACCAACUUCAAGGCGCUCACGGCGCUCAAGGAAGUCUACUUUGACUACAACUACUUCUCGGGGCCCAUCCCCUCCGCCCUCGUGGCCAUGGCCUCCCUCUCCACCUUUGGGGCGAGGUGGAACUACCUGUACGGUGCCGUGCCCCCUCUGGCCCCCGCACUCAAGACGCUCGCUGUGGACGGCAACUGGCUGUCGGGCACCUUCCCCGGCGCCGGCUUCUCCUCCUGCUCCGCCACCAAGAACUGCUUCGCCAGCAUUGGCGCCUGCACCACGGGAGGCACGGUGCAGCGCAACGCCACUACUGAGUGCGCCGUGUGCGACUCGCCGGACGGCACGGGCACCAUCUGCGGCGGCGGCACGUGUGUGCCCAACACAAUCAACAUAUACCCAAACGGCCCUAACUACGCUCCGCGACCGCGCUUCUGCGUGGGCGUGGCGCUGGACGCCACGCAGGGCAACAUCCUGCUGGCACUCAAGACCACGCUGGGCGCCACCUUCUCUGAUUGGACCGCCGCCACGCUCGCCGCCCCCAAGGCCACCUCCCCUAAGACCAAGACCGGCAAGAAGCCCAAGUCGGGGGGGAAGCGGCGCGUGCUGCAAGGGAGGGGGUCGAUGAUGCAGUAUGACUGGAAGCUGGUGGGGUCGUGCACCAUCCAGGGCCAGACACCCAUUGCUGGGGCGUGGACUGGCGUGCGCUGCUCUCCGCUCGGCCAAGUCGUCGCCCUUGAGCUGCAGGGCCAGCAACUGGGUGGCACAGUGCACUCGGACAUCAGCAAGCUCACCACCCUCACCUCGCUGCGGCUGUCGUCCAACCUCUUCUUCAACCGCCUCGACUCCUACAUCGUGCCCAUCACGGCCGCAGCCAGCCUCAAGGAGCUCCCUCGCCGCACACCCUCCUUCACUCAACUCCUCUUCUCCAACUACUUCACUGCCCCACCUCUCACAUUCCCCCCCCGUCCAUCAUACCGCUUCGAGCUGCACCCAUUCGUUCCUAACGCGCAGCCCUUGUUUCCUGUGCUGUGCGUGCAACUCGCCAGCGCGCUGAGCAGAAACUACCUCACGGGCACGCUGCCCAAGCCUGCGGCCACACUCAAGGCGCUCGACACGGAGUUCAACUUCCUCUCGGGCACCUUCCCCGCCGCCUCUCUGGGCUACUGCACCGUGCGCGGCAACUGCUUCCUCAAUGCAUCUGCCUGCGUCAACUUCGACGGCACCUUGCAGAGAGGCGCCGGGUGCAACGUGUGUGGGUCGUCCAACGGGCAGCUGCCGAUGUGUGGCGGGGCCGUGUGCACGCCCGACCCCUCCGCGUAUGUGGCGGGCAAAGUGGCCAACAGUGCCAGCGCGCCCACCCUCGCCCUCAAGUGCCCCCCCUUGGCCCUUGAUGCCACGUCCUCGGCCGUGCUGCUCAACAUCGGGGCGGCGCUGGGAGUGACGCACACGGACUGGACUGCCAGCAGCACCUGCAACAUCAUUGGGCAGACCAUCGCCCCCAAGUCCUUCCCGGGUGUCUGGUGCAGCGGCAGCGGCGCCGUCGUCUCCCUUUGGCCGCACUGUCCCAAAGCAUCGUCUCUCCUCUCAUGCCUCUCUUCUGCCGUCCCUCUCACCCCUCCGCUGCACCUGGGUUAUAAUCUGCUGUAUGGCCGCCUCGCCACCUUUGUCUCCAGCAUCACCCUGCUCACCACUAUUGUCGUCCUGAACCUGAGCUUCAACUACCUCUACGACAGCAUACCCUUCGCUCUUCUCAACAUGCCAUCCCUCACCGAAAUGGCCGUAACGGCCAUUGGCUCCGCUGCUGGUGAGGCGUGGGGGAGUGCAGUCAGUGAGGUGUGGGGGAGUGCUGUCAGUGAGGCGUGGGGGAGUGCUGUCAGUGAGGUGUGGGACUCCUCUCUUUCUAGCGCCCUUGUGGUUGUUCCAUCCAUCAGAAUAUCCAUCCAGGAUCUCUAUUCACAUACCAUGCAUCGCCCGUGCUGCCCGUGCAGAGGGCUGAGUGGCAACUACUUUACGGGUGUGCUGCCGAGCGUGUCAACCAAGGUGCAGGCCAUUACCGUGGCCAACAACUUUCUUGCGGGCCCCAUCACGCCACAGGCCUACAAGUACUCCGACUUCCGCAACAACUGCUUGAGCCUCUUUGGCAUCCCCCAGCGCACCACCGGCUGUGCCAUCUGUGGCACCACCAAUGCCGUGCCGCCGCUGUGUAACGGCGCCCCCUGCGUUCUCAACGCCACAGACGCCCUGGCAGCCGGCACGGUGAACAACCUCACGGCGCCCCUGCUGCCCUUCUACUGCGGCCGCCCCGCUAUAGACGCCACUGCUGGUGCGCCCAUGCCCGCUGCCUGCAUGCUUCACAUCGCAAACACUGCUGGUGCUGAGGGCGGCGCUGGGAGUGUCGCAGAGCACGUGGCUGCUGGACUCGCCGUGCGACGUGGUGGGCAACACCCCCAUGCUGGGCAGCUGGGCGGGCGUUGGCUUGAUCUGGUCAACAUGGGUCUCAGAGGGAGCCUGCCUGCCGACUUGACGAAGCUGACGGCUCUCACCAAGAUCAACCUGGCGUCCAACCUGUUGGAGGGGCGCCUGGCCGAGUGGGGCACCAUGCUCACCACCGUCAAGUCGCUCAAGCACCUCGCUCUCAACUACAACUGGUUUUCCGGCACUCUGCCAGCCUAUCUGCUCUCUCUCUCGACCCUCACAACCCUCAACGUGCACUACAACUACCUCACCGGCUACCUGGCCCCCAUAGCAGCAACCCUCAAGACCAUCAACGUCGCCUCCAACUUCCUGGCGGGCCCCUUCCCUGCGUCCUCCACCACCAUGUGUGACGCGCGCAACAACUGCCUAAGCAGCGCCGCCAACUGCGUCUCGUCGGGCUCCUCCGUGCAGCGCGCUUCCUGCACCAUCUGCAAUGGCGACGCCGCCUAUGUGCUGUGCGGUGGGGGCGUGUGCUCGCCCAACACGGACGGCCCGCUCGCCUCCAAGACGCCCAACAGCGCCACCGCUGGCGUGCUGCCCAUGCGCUGCACUGGAGUUCGAAUCGACCCCGCAGCUCGUGAGUUCCGCGCCUCCUCCAUGUGCCUGCUCCAUGUGCCUGCUCCAUGUGCCUGCUCCAUGUGCCUGCUCCAUGUGACUGCUCCAUGUGACUGCUCCAUGUGCCUGCUCCAUGUGACUGCUCCAUGUGCCUGCUCCAUGUGCCUGCUUCAUGUGCCUGCUCCAUGUGCCUGCUCCAUGUGCCUGCUCCAUGUGACUGCUCCAUGUGACUGCUCCAUGUGCCUGCUCCAUGUGUCUGCUCCAUGUGUCUGCUCCUCUGCUGCUCGCAUCCUCACUCCUCGCCCCACUUGCCAUGCCCUCGGCGGUCUUUGGUGCUCCACCCUCCCCUCUUUCCGGUUAUAUCACCGCUGUGUGUCCCCCCUGCUUGCACCCCUGCUUGCCCCUCUGCUUUUCCCCCUACUUGCCGCCCUCCCUGUAGUGCCAAUCCUGGCGACCCUCAAGACGGCGCUGGGAGUGCCGCACCCGGGGUGGGGCGAGCAGACGAUGUGUACGGUGUCGGGCAUCCCCAAGGGCCCGGAGGACAUGCCGGCGGUGUACUGCAACUGGCAGGGCAAGGUCAUCGACCUCUUCCUCAAGUGGCGCCUCAUGCGCGGCGUCAUGCCCCCCGACAUCUCCAAGUUCACCGGCCUCACCGCCCUCGACCUGUCGGGCAACUUCCUGUCGGGGCGCUUGGACCCCUUUAUCACACCGCUCACCGGCCUCACCGGCAUGAAGAUCCUCAUCAUGAACUACAACUUCUUCUCGGGCUCCAUCCCCGCCUCCAUCUCCGCCAUCAAGAACCUCAUGCUGCUGAGCCUGGGGUGGAACUACUUGACGGGCACGGUGCCGGACAUGCCACCGAAGCUGAGGACGCUGGACCUGGAGUACAACUGGCUCACCUACACCUUCCCCACGGCCGCCACCACCACGGCCACGUGGGACUUCUGCACCGUGCGCCAGAACUGCUUCAUCGACCCCACGCCGUGCGGCAACGGCAACAUCAUCCAGCGCUACUCCUGCGCCGUCUGCGGCACCACCAAUGCCAACGGCACGCUGUGUGGCGGCACCACCACGUGCCAGCCCGACCCCGCGGCCGUGAGGGCCGCCACCAAUCGCCAGACCAGCGGAAGUCCCCAACUCGCCAUCACCUGCCCUCCCCCACAGCCCGUCGCCACCAACGCCACCGCAGUGGGCGCGCUGAUGAACAUCAAGAUGGCGCUGGGGCUGACCUACACGGACUGGGCCACCACCUCCACCUGCACGGCUGCCGGCACGGCCCUCGGCGGCUUCACCGGCGUCGAGUGCAACAGUGCGGGCCAGCCCGUCAAGAUCUCGCUCAAGUCGAACCUCUUCAGGGCGCGUCUGGACGAGUUUGCCAGCAAGAUUCCAUCGCUGCCCAACCUUGCAGUGCUCCUGCUGGACUUCAACUGGUUCUACGGCAGUCUGCCUCCUGGCCUCGUCGCCAUGCCCAAGCUCACGCGCCUCGGCAUGUCCUACAACUACCUCACAUACCGCGUGCCACCACUAGCGGCGGGGCUCAAGGACAUCGACGUGGGCUUUAACUUCCUCUCGGGCUCCUUCCCGACCAACUCCGCCACAUCAUGCGGCGCCAACAACAACUGCUUCCUUGCUGUCACCGGGUGCACCACCAAGGGCACGGUGCAGCGCACGACGGGGUGCAGCUUCUGCCUCUCCGACACGGCGCAGGGCAUGCUGUGCUACGGCCGUGGCAUCUGCACCGUCAACGCCUCUGCGCCCUUCGCGGCUGGCACGCCCAACGCUGUUGGGGCCACCACGCUGCCGAUGGCUUGCGUUGAUGUUCUGUGCGCCACUGCCUCGCCUGUCAUGUGUCCCACCGACUGGCGCUGCAGCGGACUGCAAUGCGUUGGGAACAACUUUGCCAACUGCUUUGGCUUCCUUUGCACUGGCUAG